CGUGAUUUGUUAUUGACAUUUCAGUGCUCUUUGUUUGUUUAUAUCGCACCGUGCCGCAGCAACAACGAUAAUAUAAUAUGGUUCAAGUAACACACUAUCCUCAAGACGAGGAAAGUAAUACUUCAGAAAAAACUACAAGAAGAAGCUCGGAAAAUGCAUGUCAAAGCAUUGCUUUCAGAGACCUGGAAUCAGCUUCAAAUGGUCUAAAAAAAGCCGUAGAAGCCAAUGAUCCAGUUUUGGGUCGAAAAUGCAUAGAAUUUUUCGAUUUGUUGCUGGGAAACAAGGAAAACCUCAUACCUGUGCUGAAAUGUUUAUCUGAAAUAAUGCCACCAAAAGACUUAAGUAACUGCCAUUCUCCCUCUGCACCUCCAAUGAACGGUUGUGCUAGCCAUAAUUGGGUGCAAGAACUGACUGAAAAACUAAGGGAAAACAUCCUGUUGGAGAUAGAUAAGCACGCCGAAUACAUUCUGAAGAAAAAGGAGUUUCUCGAUGUGUGUUUUGUGGAUUUAAAAACCAUUUUGACUCGUGAUACGUUGAGGUUGUCCAAUGAGAUUUUGGUUUACGACGCCAUCAAGAGGCGAGUGGAAAAGGAGAAGAAGAACAAGAACGCUGGAAGCUGUUGUACUUGGGACAACCUCAUCCGUGCACCAAGGUAUGGUUGUAUGUCGAUGGUGGACUUCUCCAGAGAACCAAAAAGCAAUCCAAGUCUAAAUCUGGAGGAGCGCCUCUGCAUCGAGCAGUACAUCCUCAAUAGGGGCGCAGGAAAAAACCCUCAACCCCUUCCUCAUAAAGGAUCUCAACCUAGACUGUACACCAAUGAAAGGCCUCAUAAACUUAGCUCUAGGUCUUACUCCAGGGAGUCUAGUCCUAGCUCCACCUGCUCUAAAAAAUCUACCAAGGAUAAAGUCAUCAUUAACUUGCUCUCCUGUUUCACAGCUGUCUUUGAUUAAUUUAGUUCAUCAAGAUCUAUUUUAUUUAACACUUGUUGUUUUUGUUCAUUUACCUAUAUUUGCUUUAAAAUUAGUGUUGGAUUUUUUUUUGAAAUUUUCACACUUCCAGUGCUAAUUAUUGUGAUUUAGUUUUUUAAACAAGGUUCUCUGUAUUUUUUAACUUUUUUUAUAUUUUUAUCAAUCUAGUUUUAUUAGAAGGUUUUAAGUCAAAAAAAUUACAGGGACUUUAAACUAUUAAACGCCAUUGCCAUAUUUAUGUACCUAUAUAUAAAAUGCAAAAAAUAAGACCAAUAUAAUCAAUUGUUACCUUUAUAUCGUAUUUUAAGAAAAAAAAAUACGGUAUACCUACCAUUUAUAAUAAUAUUAUUUAAACCAAAUGUUAGAGUAGUAAUAUAUAUAAGCCUAAGGCAUAAUACUUACUUUUAUGUUACCUUAUGUGAAAAAAAAUUAGCUGAUGAAUGUUGUAUGACUGAUUUCACAGCUUUUUUUGUUUUGAUUUCAAAACUUUUGGAAUACUAAACUUUAUGAUUUUUUUAUAUACAUUUCUGUGAUUUUAUUAAACACUUUAAACUUACAUCGAGUAAAUGUUGAACAUUUCGGUGUAAUUUUUAAAUGUUAAAUUUAUUUAAAUAUACGCUAGAUGAAAUGGGCUGCGCCUAAUAUAAUAUAAAUGUUAUAUAUAAAUAUAUGUUGUUAAAAUUCAAGAUGGAGAAUUGUUGUUGGAUAGUUACAUUAGCAAAAUAUUUUUCGAAAAUUUAGUCCAAAUUUCUGCUAAUCUAACUCAGUUAUUUUGUAGUCAAAUUGUA